ACUGAUGCGCUCUUUUAGGCUGAGUUGGCUCUUAUCACAAGUGAUUUAUUGCUUUUUGGAAUACAUAACGCGUUGAAUUGCCCUUAAACUGUGGAACAACAGUCUUCCGACAGGGAUACGUUACUCAUGUUAAAAUGCCCCGCAGGAAGAGGACCGCAGGCAGCAGCUCGGACGGGACGGAGGACUCGGAUUUCUCCGCCGACCUCGAGCCCACCGAAGGAUCCGAGAGCGCGCACAGGCGGAGCAGCACGCGCCUGACUCGCGCGUCCCUGCGCCUCAGUCAGAGCUCACAAGAUAACUGCAGCCCAGUACAGAGCAGCUCUCCCACAACCUUGGGUCCAGAGGAAGGCCUGGACUCAGCGGCAGAGCCAGCAGCAGCAGCAGCAGAGGGAGCAACAGCAGCAUCAGUCUUCUCCUCCGGGCGCAGGGUGACUCGCAGCCAGCAGGGGGCGUCAAACACCACAGCCAAGAAGUACCCAUUGCGGCAGAGCAGGUCGUCUGGCUCUGACACUGAGGUCAAUGCUGCCAGAGGAGAAGUGAAGAAAGGAAAUGAGGCAGGAAUUUUCACGAACCUGAAGCAGGCAGAGCAGGACGAGACCCCGCCUCGCACCCCAACAGGCAACGCUCCCUCCUCGGAGUCGGACAUCGAGGUGUCCAGCCCUAGCAACGACCUUGUGUCCCCAAGCAAUGACAUUGUAGUUUCCCAAGAGGAGGACGAGCGGUUGGCCAAGGAGCUGUCACUCAAAGAGGCCGCCGCCCACGACCUUUCCCAUCGGCCCAAACGGCGGCGCUUCCACGAGAGCUACAACUUCAACAUGAAGUGUCCCACACCGGGGUGCAACUCACUGGGCCAUCUAACAGGGAGGCAUGAGAGACAUUUCUCCAUAUCAGGCUGCCCUCUCUAUCACAACCUCUCUGCUGAUGAAUGCAAGGGCAAGGCAUCAACACGCGAGAAGCAGUCUGAGGAGAGGACGCUGUCGCACCGACAGGACGAGAACCGACACUCCACAAGGAGCCAGGCCCCCACGGAGCGUCAGUUGCGCUACAAAGAGAAGGUAACAGAUCUGAGGAGGAAGAGGAACUCUGGCCUCAAUAAGGAGCAGAAGGAUAAGUAUAUGGAGCACCGUCAGAGCCACGGGACGAGCCGGGAGCCGCUACUGGAAAACAUCACCAGCGACUACGACCUCGAGCUGUUCAGGAAAGCGCAGGCACGUGCCUCGGACGACCUUGAGAAGCUGCGUCUGGCGGGCCAGGUGUCAGAGGGGAGCAACAUGAUCAAAACCAUCGUCUUUGGUCGCUACGAGCUGGACACGUGGUACCACUCUCCGUACCCGGAGGAGUAUGCCCGCCUGGGGAGGCUCUACAUGUGUGAGUUCUGCCUCAAGUACAUGAAGAGCCAGACCAUUCUGCGCAGGCACAUGGCCAAGUGUGUGUGGAAGCACCCGCCAGGUGACGAGAUCUACAGGAAGGGAAACAUCUCUGUGUUUGAGGUGGACGGGAAGAAGAACAAGAUUUAUUGUCAGAACCUGUGUCUCCUGGCUAAACUCUUCCUGGACCACAAAACUUUGUAUUAUGACGUCGAACCUUUCCUCUUCUAUGUCAUGACCGAGGCCGACAACACGGGCUGCCACCUGGUCGGAUAUUUCUCCAAGGAGAAGAACUCCUUUCUGAACUACAACGUGUCCUGCAUCCUCACCAUGCCACAGUACAUGCGGCAGGGCUACGGCAAGAUGCUUAUAGACUUCAGUUACCUGCUAUCCAAAGUGGAGGAGAAAGUUGGCUCACCGGAGCGACCACUGUCUGAUUUGGGCCUUAUCAGCUACCGUAGUUACUGGAAGGAAGUGCUGCUGCGCUACCUGAACAACUUCCAGGGCAAGGAAAUCUCCAUCAAAGAGAUCAGUCAGGAGACGGCGGUGAACCCAGUGGACAUCGUCAGCACGCUGCAGUCCCUCCAGAUGCUCAAAUACUGGAAGGGAAAGCACCUGGUUUUAAAGAGACAGGACCUUAUUGAUGACUGGAAGGCCAAGGAGACCAAACGUGGCAACAGCAAGACCAUCGACCCCACAGCCUUAAAAUGGACGCCACCGAAAGGGACGUAGAACAGCUUCCUCUCACACCUCAACCCCCAAACACACGCACACACACCUACACACACUGUGCACUCCUGUGCACACUGGUAUGCACACACUCUGAACCUAAACCCUCACACACUGUUCUGCAAACCGCUUUUUAGCAGCUACUGUCAGCUAUCAUCAGGAGCUCUGGGUUCAACGCUCUCUAUCAACUUAACUCGCCAAUAUGAUGCUUUAGUUUUAGACCUUAUUCUUUGAAAAGUACACAGAUUGUGCAAAAAAUAUAGCUAAUGUGCAUCAAUCUGGAUAGAAUAUUAUAAUCAACUAUGAGAAUUGGUAUUUAUUGUGUAAAACCUGGCUAUAGUUUUUGAAAAUGCAAGGUAACUGUAGAGUUUAUACUGAGGGAUUCAAGAGGGACCAUAGAACUGGACACUUCAAAUUAUGCAUUAUAAACAAAUUCACAGAACCGUUAACAAUGGGAAUUUAUGGGAACAGGGAACAAAACCCCUAAUCCAAACCUCUAAUGGUGAAAAGGAGAGUGGUGACAUCACCUGGCACCAAAGACCAGGCACCCUACUUUUUAACCAUUAGAGCUCUGGGUUCACACAGAUUGGGUUUUGGGGUUUUGUUACUCUUUUACGUGGCUAUAGAUGUUCUCAGAUUAUCUCAGCUGAAUAGGAAGAAGUAUCCAGGACUAAACGCACUGGAACUGGGUGGAUUCGAAUAAUAAGACACUCCUAAUUUGCUGAAUUUGUGGCGCAUCAAGGAACUUUGAGUGUUUCCACACUGCCAUAGGUAACAUUAUCAGUUUUUAAGGUCGGGUUGCCUCAUGCAUCUGAGAACCAGCAAGACCAUAAAUGUUCAUAUUUUAUCCAUAUACAGCUGAACAAUUUUUAAUGACGUGACUCUGGUUUAACAAAAAGAAAAAAACGAAAAAAAACCAAGAAGUCCCAGAAUCGUAACAAGAAAACAGG